CAGUGGCCUACACUGCUUUAGUCUGAGGGUAAAUCAUGUGUCCGUACAAUCUCCAGCGUCAGAGAUCUCUACCUCCCCAACCUUGUGCUCUGUUCUUGACGUCAUAGGAUCAAUAUUGCGGCAGACAGCAGCCUCUACCUCUACCCGCUCCCUGUCCUGGUCCGACGACAACAUGGGGUCAGGUCAAGGCGACACACCAGCCCUGGAGUCAGGGGUACCCUGCAGCCUGUUUGGGGCCAUUUCUUCCUCCAUGGGAAUGGCCCGGCACACCUUCACCUAUGAUGAGGCCCUGGACGCACCAAUGCACUCCCCACCCCCAGACGUGAGCUUUGGCUUUCUUUGGAAAGACCCAGUCAUCCCACAAAGAAAGUUCAAGAGGAUUGCAGAGGAGGAUGAAGGUUGGGCUUCCAGGGCUCAGCGAGGCCCGUUCGAGGCGAAACCCUCUGCUCAGCCUCCGUUCCCCGUGGUCAAGACCAAGGCCUCCUCUCUCGUGAACACGCUCAUGAUCAGGCAGACCCAGGAGACCCUCCUGAGGUUUGAGCACAGGGCGGGCCUGACGGAGGCUGGCUACUCCCCCCACAAGGGCCUGUCUGCAGAGGAGACACACUUCCACCGCAUGGCCGAGGGGCCCAUGCAUAAGUUGAGAGUGCCCAUUGGGGACAAGGAGGAAAGGCUUUCAACAUCAGCUCAAUCCACCCCUUCUGUCACCCCCUGUGUAACUCCCUCAGUCACCCCCUGUGUAACUCCCUCAGUCACCCCCUGUGUCAGCCCCUGCACCAGCCCCUACGCCUCUCCAGCACCCAACCGCAGGAACUGGUUCAGCCUGAGCCCUGCACCCUUCCUUGUCACCCCAGAACUCACCAGUGCCAACCCAGCAGACAUGGGAGGAAACGAGGGAGGACGAGGAGGAGCGGAGAGGUGGAGCUUGUUUGGAACACGGUCCUCCACCGACCCAGGCUCCGAGACCAACACAGGCUUCUCACUGCAGUCCUACUUUGGCCUUCCCAAGUCCACCACCAUGGACUCCAUCAAGACCCAGGUCAGUCUCAUGGUGGACGACCCGUCCAACUUCAACCCCCCCAAGAUCGAGAUCUCUGGCAUCGACGCUCAGAGAGUCGCCCAGCGACCUCACAAACUCAAGCCUAGAGACAUGAACGUUCUCACCCCAUCUGGUUUCUGAUAGGUGAUCCUCCUUCCCUGUUCCCCCCCCCCCCUCUUUCCUCACACCACCUCACCCUUUUCCAGUAACAGAUGCAGAGGCCUUGGGCUCUCUCUGAGAUGCCUCAGAUGCUCGUGUCUAGUGAGAAUACCUCCCCAUCCCUAAGUUAGGUCUGAUUCAUCCAGCCCCUGGAGCUUUUCUCCACACCAAGAAUCAGCAGGUUCUGCUGGUCUGACAGGCUGAUCCUGUUCCACAAUGCAGCUUCAGAAAUAGAGUAGAGUGUUCAGGUUCGAGUUCAAAUCCCUUGAAACUGUCGUUGUGGAUCACCUCCCCCAUGUUCCUCUGACGUGGGAGACAGACAUCCAUGGUCUGACGUCUCACAGGGUUCCCCGCUUUGUAAAACUGCCACAGUUAUGUAACCCACUGUCACUAGUACUGUAUAGCACAGACAGACACACACAGACCAAGACAGACACACAGAUACAAGCACAGCAUAGCACCAACCAUGUCAAUCUAGUUACCACAAUCUUGUAUCUGGUGAAGUCUUACAGAUUUUUCCAAGUGUGUUGUAUUUCAGUUUGCUCCCAGCUUGUACUUUAUUUGAAGGCAGUGUGGUCUUUGACUGUGGCUAUGCUUGCUCUUCACUGGCUACUGAUGACUCAGUUUAAUAUUAUUUUAUAUUUAAGGGAGCAUCUUAAUAGUAUUAGCUAGUAAGUAAAUUGAUGAGUGAGUGUCUUUUUGCUAAUAUGGAAUGAAUUGAGGUUUGUAUUUCAAAAGCAUUUGACUGAUCUGCUUGAAAUAAUUUUGUGUAAUGUGUUUUUUUUUUGUCAUGUUGUGUUCCUAUCUGAUGCAAGAAAUUGAGUCUUAAGUGGUCAUUUGAGAUGUUUUUAUACUUUUUAUUUGAGCUUUUUUGUUUUUGUGUUAAAUGUUAAUGAAUUUUAGUAAUGAAUUGCUAAAUGAAUUCUGCUGGUCUCAUUGACCUAAUUUGUAAAUAAACCUGACAUUAACAUGUC